AUCGUCAUCGGAUCGGCGUGCCAUCGGCAGCGCGGCAGGAAGCGAUCGGCUCGUGGCUGUGCCGCAACCGUGAGCUCGAACGGCCGCUCGACUGUCGGCUCUCCCCAUGGGCGGAGGACAGCUCGAAGACGCCGCGGCGAGCAGCCGUCGCCAGCAGCAAUCAGCCGGGCCGCCGACGUCGGCAGCAGCGGCUGACGCAGCCCUGACGGCCGACGCGCCGAGCCGCGGAGGCCGGGAGGCAGCCAUCAGCCUCGACGGUGACGGCGGCAGUGGCUGCGACGUGCCACAAGCGACGACGACCACCAGCGGCGACGGCAACCACCCGCUGGUCUGGCUGGCCAUCCUCAAGGUGGGCCUCAUGGCGGACCCGGCCUGGUGCUCGGGCGCCAUGCACGAGCGGGCGCGCCGCCUGUGGCUCGCCUUUCACCGGCUGGAACCGCCAGACGGCCAACUCAGACAGAUGGCGGUAGAGGCGGCGCCUCCGUGGGAGCCCCUGGCCGCGACCCUAUGGAAGAGCAUCACCGCUGUGCGCGACCUGUGGGAACAGCAGCCGCCGGCAACGGCCACGCACACAACGCUUGCGGCGGCCGCGCUGUUUCUCUGGCAGGGCUGCACCCAAUGGCCAGCGAACGAGGGCAACCGCCGGAGGGCCAACUGCUGUUGCUCCUGCUGCCCCCACCAGGGACCCUCCUGGUCCGAUACCACGCUUCUACGAGCAACUGCCAGCGACUACGAGCACCCUGCAGACAAGGGUACUCGGUGGCAGAUGGACUACGACUGGGGACUGGGACAGGCGAAGUUACUCCAUGCCGUGUGGGCUACCGGGCCGUGCCCGGCGACCCGCUGCUGCCCGAACCUCGGCAAGCCCUGGCCCUGGGAAGGGGCCGAACUCUUGCUUCCCCUGGUGCUGUCCCACGGCCUGUCCUGGGCGGCCCUGGCGCGCGCCGGAACCGCACCGUGCGCCUGA